AUAAAAUAAAAUAAAAUACAUACUAAACUAUAGUAUAUUUUUAUUGUAUUUAAGGGCAUAAAAAUGAGUUCUGGUUUUAUAUCAGAAUCGGAGAUAUUAGAGGCAAGGCGUCAACGACAAGAAGAAUGGGAAAAAGUACGAACGGAAGACCAACCUAAAGAGGCGCCUGAGGAGCCAUACGAUACUCGACCAUUGUAUCAACGACUUGAAGAGCAAAGGAUGAAGAAGGAAGCAGAAUAUGAAGAAGCUCAUAAACUGAAAAAUAUGAUAAGGGGCCUUGAUGAUGAUGAAGUGGGUUUUCUAGAUCUUGUUGAACGCACAAAAGCAGAAGUGGCCCAACAGAUCAGCAUUGAGGAAAGAAAGGAAAUGCAAGAAUUUAGAGAGAGGGUGUCUAACUUGGCAGAGAGUGAAGAGUUGUCCAGACUGAGAGCUCAACUGGCACCGGCUCGGUCCACACAGACAAACUUGGCCACACAAAAGAAUAAAUUGCAAGGAGUGGUAGUGAGGAAAAGAAAAGCUAGUGAAAUAGAAGGUGAGAAAGAGAAAGAUGUUUCACCACCAAAAAAUGGAGUUGUCAAUAAUGUGAGCCAAACCACUCCAACCGUUAUUCCUGGUGAAUCAGUAGGCGCAUUACAGUGUGUCGGAGUGUUGCCAGGUCUUGGUCACUACGAGACUGACUCUUCCAGUGAUACAGAUGACUCCAGUGACAAUGAGAAUGAUAAAUGCUGCGUCAAACGAGACCUUUUGGGCAGGCGACCAGAACAAACAGAUGGUAAAAGAAAGGAGGAGGAUAAAAGUUAGAUAUUUCCAUUUUUUUUUAACUGUAAGCAUGUACGUAAAUAUCCAACCACAUUUUUGAACAUUAUUUGCUCCGGCCUUAAUUCUUUAUGCCAGUUUAUUACUAUAAAAAUGUUUAGAUCAAACAUCUUUAAUCUAGUUUAGAUCCAUCAAAGAAAAAAAUAAGUUAAACAAGGUGUAACAAAACUAAGUGAUAAUACUUUAUGGUGUGUAUGAGUCUCCUGUUUUGCGUUCACUGUGAGAGUAGCAGCGCUCAUUUU